AAAACAUAGAAAUUGAGCUUAGUAUGUGCGGCUGCGGCUGCGGCUUGCAACGAGAGAGAAGGUGAUGAAGAAUGGGGGAAGCCAUUCGUAGAAUACUGGGAAGAUGGUCCAGUGGAAAGCGGUACUCCCUCUGCUCAUCUUCUAUUUACUCGUGUUUUACGAAGAAAGGGCUUCCACUCCGUCAUGCGUUGUAGUCCCUCAGGGAGGUGUCCAGGAAGCCGUGGGAGACGAUCCUGAGGAUUUGAAGGUUAUGGUGGUUGCCAAUCUGCUCUUGCUGGGAUCCAAAGCUGGCUAUCUCAAUCUCUUUUUCAGAGAUUUCUACUUGUCCAAGUUCUUUAAGAAAUCUUUUGCAAGUUUGAAACCCGAUAUGCUGCUAGUCUUGGGAGAUAUUUCUGCAGAAGGGUCAGACUUGACGAGAAGUGAAUGGAUACCUGUGCUUCAUCAAUUUCGCAGGAUGUUGGGCCCCUUCCUUGCUCUUCCAUUUUAUGUCAUUCUUGGAGACAGGGAUGUUGGUGAAUGCAACCAGCUGAAUGCAAAAUCUGUUUAUUGGGUAGCUAAAAAUUUUCCAGGAUUGGAUUCAGCAGGUUGUGGCGCUUUUGAAGUUAGUAAUAUCAGUUUUGUCUCACUCAAUGCUGUGGCAUUGCUUUGUGGCAACAAUGGUUUACGUUUUAGUGUUGAGAAGGUGAUUGAAAGGGAAAGCAUAGAUCUGCAAAUGGACAUUGAAGGCACAACUGAAGAGUUAAAUGAGCUAAAAAAAUUUGGAGAGACUUCCCAUAACCUGGAAUGGAGAGAAAAUGCUAUGUCAUCUGGAUCUGGUCCUGUCCUAUUACUUCACUUUCCAUUGCACCACACAAGCAACUGCAGUGGGGAUGGUGUUCCUACCCGAAGCUAUAAUUCAUUGUUUGAGAGGACAGAAAUACCAGGGAGUAGGCAGCUUGUUGGGACUGGACCAUAUGAGUUACUGCAUACUCUCCCACCAAAUGCUACUGAAUACAUAUUUCAAGCUCUCAGACCAAGGAUAGUAUUUAGUGCUCACAGUCACCGAUUUUGUGAUCGUACCCACCCAGAUGGAACUCGUGAGGUAACUGUUCCAGCCAUGACAUGGAAUGCAGGGGAUGACCCUGGAUUUGUUGUUGCUACUUUCAGAAAGAAUAGAGGAGCAGUAAUCAUUAGUCAUUGCUCUCUUGCUAGGGAAUCUCAUAUACUAAUUGCUUAUAUUUCUCUACUGAUUCUGUUUAUGUCAAUGAUAUUUGUAGCAAAGCAAACACAGCAUAUCUGAGAAGUUUAAUGCAAUGGUGGUAUAAUCUCUCCUACACCAUAUAUAUACUGUAAUACAUUUCAUCAUUUUUUUUUUAUGCCAAUGAUAAAGUUCUUACUGUUCAUGCUGUUUUGGUAAAACCAAGUUUUGAUUGAUUGAAGGAAAUCAAUUUGGGAACAAUGGUCCUAUCUAUAAGUUGUAUUUUGGCAAUGCAUGCAUAUAAUUACAUUAGGCUAGUCGAAGUUGGAAUCAUGAUGAAGGGUGAACAUUAAGCAUGUCUAAACCUUGUACAGGAAUUGGAUCUGUUCACUUGGCAUUUGAUAGCAAAUGUUCAUCCUUUAGACUUGAGCUCUAUUGGAACAAGUGGAGCCAUCUACAAAUUUUGGUGAAAAAAGGUUGGAACAACUUGAUGUCAGGAAAUCCUAGAUUUUGAUGCCAACCCAAAAAGAAUUAGAUUUCCUUUUGGAUGAAUUCAUGACAAAUGCAUGAAUCACUUUGGAAUUGUUUCAUUGUUCUGGGUUGUACAUGCUACAUUCAAAUGCCUGAAAGGAGAAAUCAAGAAUUGUUA